UAAUUUUUUUUUAUAUGCUGUUCACUCAAAAGCACUAUACCCUACGUGACGCGUUUAUUAUGGCCUAGACGAAAUAACCCUUUCACUCUUUCAUUGUUUAAUUGUCGCGAUAGAAAUAAAGCUGUUACCGGUGCUAUGAUCUUCUUAUCCAAGCUUCACAGCACGCCACGAUCUCUUGCAAUUGAUAUGCCAGUCUUUAAAAAGGCAUCAAUGCAAAAAAAAGCAAGAUUUGUUUAGAUUGAAUUUCCGCUGCCUGUCUGCCCUACCUGCCUACCCUUGCCUGACAUACGACCAAAAAAAAAAAAACCUUUUUUAUUUUCUUUCUCUUUCACAAAUGUCCUCCAAAGAACUCAGCCCUGCCACCUGCUUCAACUUCUCCUUCUUCAAAGACUUCAUGAAGGAGUUGCGUAGAGUUGACGAUAAUGUAAUCAACAGACUCAAUAGCAAUGGAACACACGCCGAAGGAGUCUGUAGCGAUUUCUUUAAGCAAAUGACAGAAGCCUAUGCUAAGCGUGACGAGGCUAUCAAUUAUUGUCUUAAGUUAAUGGACGAGGAUCUUGACAAGAAGAACAGAAAAUUACAAGAAGAUCCUGACGAUUUCGAAGUCAAGAACAGUAUCUUUACACAAGAGUCUGUGCGUCAAUCCAUUUCUAACGAAAGAUAUGUUGAGGAAAUCAUCAGAGACCGUACUUUACAAGUAUUCAAGAACAAGUGCAGAGCAUUUGAUACUACUUCAUUAGAGAAAUAAUAAUAAAACCAAUAAUUUAGAAAUAUGUAUGUUUCUCUUUUUUGUAUAAUUUUUUUUUAAUUAAAAGGUAAUUUAGAGCAUUUU